GAUGUUAACUCAUCUCAUGUAGGAAUGGUCACUACCACAAAAGGAGCAACAACCUGUGAUGAUUGAGGCUCCUGUUGAAGCAGCUGAGGAGGAGCCUGCUGAGAUUACUUCCGAUGUUGCUCAGGAUAAGGCUGACGAAAUCCCUGCUGCAGAUGAAAGUACUCCUGUUGUUGAGGAGAGUGAUGAAACUGCUGAGCAAGAAGCGGCAGAAUCCGAGGAAGCUACUGAACAACCAGAAAUAAAGAUUGAGACAGCGCCAGCAGAUUUUCGUUUCCCAACUACAAAUCAAACAAGGCAUUGUUUUACUCGCUAUAUUGAGUACCAUAGAUGCAUAGCUGCUAAAGGGGAAGAUGCUCCUGAGUGCAAUAAGUUUGCAAAAUAUUAUCGUGCACUUUGCCCUGGUGAAUGGGUAGACAGAUGGAACGAGCAAAGAGAAAAUGGAACCUUCCCUGGUCCUCUGUAGAUGACCGACCACACUGUCAUGAGUAUAACAGUUGUCUCAUUUUCAGGGCGAUGGAAUUUUAUUAUGCUGUUUAGAAUAGAGAGGCUUCAGAGGCAUCUUUCUUCGCGGGGGAAAAAAAAAGAUCUAAUAAAAGGCUUUUGACCUGUACCAAGUCUUUAAAAAAGGGUUCUUGAAUACUUGUGAAACUAACUGGAGUCUGAUUUCUUACAGUUUCUGCGGCAUUGAGAUGUUUCAUUUAACAUCUUCAGGUUUGGGGAGUUUUUCUUAAAUAAGUACAUAUUUUUGUCUUUUAAUCGCUACUUGUUUAGCAUGCAUGUGUUGGAAUAGAAAGCGUUCGGUUAUCCUGUA